AUAUUUGCAGUUUUGCCACUUUUGUAGGGGGACCUUUGUUCCUAACCCCAGUGAAUGUAGUGUUUGCUACUAUCCACAGUUUCAGGGAUCCACUGGGGGGCUUGGAACUUGCCCUGCAAAUAUGGGGGUCCUGCUGUACUUUUUUCUCUUAAAAAGCUUUGCACUCUUGUGUCCAGUGUAAGUGAAAGUCUAGAUCAGAAUAGUUUGAUUUUGACACUAGCAGCCUCAAGAUGACUUAGAAUGAAAUGCUGACCAGUCGUUAACUGUUACUAUUGUUCUCACAGCACCUAACUGAGCAGUAUAUAAAGCUGAUUAUUAGAGAGGAAAAUCGAAAUUUCUUUGUGGAAGGAAGAAUGUGAGUAGGGGAAUGCUUUUAAUAGGAAGUACUAUAGGAUUUGUCAAGUGUAAUGCAGUGUUAACAACUUAGAUACCCACAGAUAUGUCAGUUUUACUCUGUGUUAAAAAGUGAGCAGUUAAUAAACUUCAUUGAAUGCACAAUAGAAUGUGUACGUUGAAAGUAAGCUUUCUUUCACAUGGCCCAAAGAAUCUGUAAUAUAUUCCUUGGCAGCCUAGGCAACUCUCUCAUUUUCAGUGAAAUGUCUCUAGUGGCUUCCAAGUCUCCUGGUCUGCAUAAAUAGGAGCAGUGCUGGAGUUCAGUAUAAACAAGGAACCUAUACCAGUCCCUGCACACUGGCUGCAUUGUGGGCAGAUUGCUCAAAGAGGCCUUUCCUGGAGUGACAUAGUCAUAAAAACACUCCAUCUUAACACAGGAACCUGACAGAUAUUGAAAUAUAUCUGUUGUAAAAUUCUGGUUCAGAAAGUAGCAAAAAAGCUUGCUUUUUUAAAUGAUGUAUGAAAAAUAUUUAAAGUACUGCUCUGGAAAAGUAGCAGAGAACCUGAGCUGAAUGCAUGGAAAAAUUGUUAACAGCCAUAACCUUAGGAGAUUUUCUUGCUGAGUUCAGGCAGCUUUUUCUGUUAGUGUUUGCUGACAUGAAUUAUAUCUGGUACAUUUUACCAGAAAGGAAAAGUGGAGGCAGGGAGAGGCUCGAAUAUGGAACUCCUUUACAGCAGGGAUUUGGGUGUCCCCCACACUCUCGUAAUUUAGGUGCCAAUUGAUGACAUACUUAUUUGGGCAGAUUUGUGAGUUAUAGGCAUGGAACUGUUUUUUUGUUUUAUUGAUUGAGUUGGUGGUUUUAUUGCACUUUAUUUGUGAUCUCAGAAUCAAGAUUUUAGAAUCAUGAUUUUAAUGUUGUUUAUCUGGAAUAUUUUAGUGUUUGUUUGUUUGUUUGUUUGUGGUGUUAGCCACCCCAGGCUCUUUGGGCAUAAGGGCAGGAUAUAAAUAAAAUGAACAAGCAGUCAAAUGUAUCUGGGUCUCCCUAACAGACCUGUGAAAUAUCAGCCACAUUCCAGAGUUGUCCAGACUUAUUUUCACAAAUCUGAUUUGGGUACCUAUCUCUGGGAGACGAGAGCUGAGAGUUUCAGCCUUGGUUGCUUUCAAAAAUGUACAAAAUAUAUAUGGGUGUAGAUGUGUAGUAUGUCAUAUCUUGCUUGAGCUUUAAAUAUAAAAUGAUAUGGGCUUUUCUUUUUAAAAGAGGAGUGCAAAUAAAUCAUAACUGGGCAUUUUGACCAAUUAAAAUUAUUUGGUCGGUUGACCAGACAACUCUUAUAGUCAUAAAUCACUAGCUUCACUAGACAAACCAAAAAGGUAUUCAUCAACGGCUUUAAUAUGUAUGCUGAUUACAAAACAAAUUAGGUAAUUAUUGAGUGGUUAAUAGUUUUUUGGUUAAAAAAACAUAAGAAGUAAACUUCUAUCUUGUUUGGCAUUCUUAACUUCAUGGAAUAUUUAAUCACAAUCAGAUAAUUGGUGAUCAAGUGACAGUAUUUGAUAGGUCAUUUGAUGAGGGUGCCAACCCUAUGGCAAAUUUUAUAUUAAUUUGCAUCUUCACUGGUGACAGCCUUAGUAUCAACUAGAAUUGUCACGACUCUUUCUUAAUUGUUGAAUUUGAUGGUGCCAUUUUAAAGAUUGUUACAUACACAAGAUAUUUCCUUUGAGAACACACGUGCACAUACACACACGAAACCACUCUUCAGUGACAAGGGCUUGUUGGAAAAUGUUUUAUAAUUACACUCUGAUUUGAUUAUAUUAAUUUUUGAACAUGGUAGUAAGGUAAGGCAAUGGCAUUUCAUUCUUCUUUUCACUACUGUUACCCAACAGGAAUCUUUGCUUAUCUGAACUACCGAGUGCCUCGGACCAGGAAGGAGAUAUUUGAAACUCUAAUAAAAGGUCUACAGAGACUAGAAUACAGGGGAUAUGACUCUGCAGGUGUUGCAGUUGAUGGAAAUAAUAAUGAAGAUAAGGAAAGGUACAUCAAAUUAGUAAAGAAAAGAGGAAAAGUUAAAGCUCUCGAUGAGGAACUGCAAAAACAAGAUGGUUUGGACUUGAAGGCAGAUUUUGAGACACAUUUUGGCAUCGCUCAUACUCGCUGGGCAACUCAUGGAGCACCAAAUGCAGUGAACAGUCACCCCCAAAGAUCAGAUAAAAGUAAUGAAUUUGUUGUUAUCCAUAAUGGGAUCAUUACAAAUUACAAAGACCUGAGGAAAUUUCUGGAGACCAAAGGUUAUGAGUUUGAAUCUGAAACAGAUACUGAAACCAUUCCAAAGUUGAUCAAAUAUAUGUAUGACAACAGAGAAACAGAAGAUGUGAGCUUUUCAGCUUUGGUUGAGCGAGUCAUUCAUCAGCUGGAAGGUGCUUUUGCAUUGGUUUUCAAAAGUAUCCACUACCCAGGAGAAGCUAUUGCUACCAGGAGGGGGAGUCCUCUACUUAUUGGAGUUCGUAGCACAUCUAAGCUUUCCACUGAACAAAUCCCCAUCUUAUACAGAACGUGCAACAUUGAAAAUGUAAAGAAUAUAUGCAAAACACAAAUGAAAAGAUUGGAUAGUUCCACCUGCCUUCAUGCUGUUGGAGAUAAAGCAGUUGAAUUUUUCUUUGCGUCAGAUGCAAGUGCCAUAAUUGAGCACACCAACAGAGUCAUUUUUCUCGAAGAUGAUGACAUUGCAGCUGUAGCUGAAGGGAAGCUUUCAAUUCAUCGGUUAGAACGUUGUGCCAGUGAUGACCCAUCCCGAGCCAUACAGACUUUGCAAAUGGAACUGCAGCAAAUCAUGAAAGGGAAUUUCAGUGCUUUCAUGCAGAAGGAAAUAUUUGAACAACCAGAGUCUGUUUUCAAUACCAUGAGGGGAAGGGUGAACUUUGAGAGCAACACAGUUCUUUUAGGUGGCUUAAAGGAUCACUUGAAAGAAAUUAGAAGAUGCAGACGACUAAUAAUUAUUGGCUGUGGAACCAGUUAUCAUGCAGCAGUGGCUACACGUCAAGUAUUAGAAGAACUGACUGAGCUGCCUGUGAUGGUGGAACUUGCUAGUGAUUUUCUGGAUCGGAAUACUCCUGUAUUUCGAGAUGAUGUGUGCUUUUUUAUCAGCCAGUCAGGAGAAACUGCUGAUACACUGAUGGCCUUGCGGUACUGCAAAGAUCGCCGGGCAUUGACAGUUGGAAUUACAAACACUGUUGGAAGUUCAAUAUCCAGGGACACUGACUGUGGUGUGCAUAUCAAUGCAGGCCCUGAGAUUGGGGUGGCGAGCACAAAGGCUUACACAAGUCAGUUUAUUUCUCUUGUGAUGUUUGGUUUGAUGAUGUCUGAAGACAGAAUUUCCUUGCAAAGCAGGAGACAGGAGAUCAUGAAUGGACUGAAGUCACUACCUGAGAUGAUUAAAGAAGUACUGUCCUUGGAUGAGAAAAUACGUGAUUUGGCACUUGAACUAUAUAAACAGCGAUCGCUUUUGGUCAUGGCUCGUGGCUACAACUAUGCCACUUGCUUGGAAGGUGCAUUGAAAAUCAAGGAGAUUACAUAUAUGCAUUCGGAAGGCAUCCUGGCUGGAGAACUGAAGCAUGGACCAUUGGCUCUUAUAGAUAAACAAAUGCCAGUUAUUAUGAUCAUUAUGAAAGACCCCUGCUACACAAAGUGCCAGAAUGCGCUACAGCAGGUCACUGCCCGCCAGGGACGUCCUAUUAUUUUAUGUUCUAGAGAAGAUACUGAGAGUUCUAAAUUUGCCUACAAAACUAUAGAAUUGCCACAGACAGUGGACUGCCUGCAAGGAGUUUUGAGUGUUAUUCCUUUACAGUUGCUUUCAUUCCACCUGGCUGUUCUCAGAGGAUAUGAUGUGGAUUUUCCAAGAAAUCUGGCCAAAUCCGUGACUGUGGAAUAAGCCUUGUGCCAGAGAAUGAGCAUUCCCAGUAAUCCUAAAUUGUGUUUCUGUUAAUAACUAUUCAACCACCUGUUUUCAUUACUUUGACUUCAAUGGGAUUUUGAUACUGGAAACCUUGAGUCAAUGCUGUGACUGGAAAGCAUUUGGAAGCGUGGUGUUGUUCUCUAAAGAUCUGUUUAAUGUGCCUUAAAUAUUUGUUAUAUGCCUUGCACCUAAGUGCUCUUGCUUACAGCAUAUAGCAUAAUUGAAAUGACAAAAUUGCCAAAGAAUGGAAGAAAAAAAUUGUUUACAUAUAGUUAAUGAACAGUGUUUUUAACAACUGUGCAAUAUAUGUAUAUAGCUUUUUUUCCUGAAUUACUGUGAAUAAAUCAACACUAUACAUGCAGCCCAAUUCUAUACAUGUUAACUCAGCUGUAAGUCCCUCUGAAAUCAGUAGGAUUUACUUCCAGGUACCCCUGUAUAGAAUUGCUGCCUUACUUUUAAAUACAAAGUAUUUAUAUAUGCAUCAGUGUAUAGUACAUAAGUUAUUUUUAGUGUACUGGUUGCUUGUAGUAGUAAUAAUACCCAGGAUUUAAUGGGGUUCAUUAAGAUUUUACAAAUUGUAUAUAAACUCUUUUACUCGUU